AUGAGCCAGCAGGAUGAUGAACUUCUAGUAAUCACGAGCUGGCAACUUGGGUCUCUGGUCUUUCUUCUCUACGAGAUUGUUAUCACAUUCGACGAUGAAGUCAAUCUUAUCUGGUCGUAUUUCGCACUAGCGGCACAGCUGGCAAAUCGAUCCAUCGAGUCCGCUAUAAGGUCCAACUUAUACCUUGACACCGAACUAUUGAGGGACUGGUUUAGCUGUCAAGUCGUCGUCGCAACUAUCCUCAUGAUCGCAGUGGAGUUAGUAUUGAUGGCACGAGUAUACGCUCUGUACAAAAAGAGUAUGUGUAUCGGAGGAGUCCUUCUAGUCUUACUUCUCGGGGAGGUCCUCACCGUCCUCAUCGGCAUCGCAAUGACCGCUCCUGGCAAAGACUUUGAAGCCAAAAAUCUGCUGGUAAACAGUCCAAGCGCCUAUACAUCCUUUGGGAUUGCUGCUGCAAUUACCCAAUUUACCAUCCUUGUUCUUACAUUGGUCAAAUACAGGACUGCCGUCAAAGGAGGAUGGGGAAACGCUCCGAUCAUGUUCGUAAUGGUCAGGGAUGGAAUCGUCGCUUUUGUAAUCCUGCUCGUUGUGACGAUGAUGACGAUCAUUGUUACCAUGCUGCCAAAUGAAUACGCGCCGGUUGGAAAUUCCUGGUUUCUAUCGAUCGUCGCAUGUGCAGGAAGCCGAUUAAUCAUUAACAUGCAAAAUUUGCCCACACAAUCCUGUUCGGAGUCGAGCACAUGCCUGUCAAUACAAUUCACGACCUUGUCUCCGGACUCCGACGCACAUUUCACAUAGACGUUUCAAGGAAAAGAUGGAAGCGAUAUAGGCCAUUGAUUUGGAAGCGCAGCACCGUCCUUAGGGAGACUUCACCAUCAUUCGUUUGUAUUUCUAGGCACCAGUGUAGCGAUUUAGGAUUUUGAUUUCUCAAACCAUGACCAAUUAUUUAAUUGCAAAAGAGAAAAAUCGCA